UGACGCUUUUGUUCUGAAGAUCACGACCCGGAAGUUGUAGUUUUUUCCAGAAAGUAAAACUGCAACUGAACGUCUCUCAAGCUGGAUCCGCUCACCCAUAAAGGGAAAUACAGAGCAUGGAUCACCUUAAAAAACUGGAAAUCUACAUCCCAUUGGAAGCUGAGGUGAAAAGCAUCCCUCUGUCAAGCUUACCAAACAGCGUGAUUAGACGAAUGGGCCUCCCCUCAGACCCCAGGCCUCUCUCAGACUCUCCAGAAGGCAUAUGGAUCCAUCCAGCAGUCAUACGGAGGAAAGGCCAGAAACUCACCACCGCCACAGGAAACGGUGAAAACAUGACUUCACUGCUGGGCAAAGAGAUCCGGGGUGAUCCGGGUCCGUUCGAAAUGUCCUUUGUCUCCGCCAACCUCACAGCUUACCGGCUGCUGAGGGACAACAUGCCUGGGGAAAGCAUCUCCGCAGACACAGCACACGCCCACCCAUUACCUCAGGGCUCAGCUCCACAGAUGUACAAGGAUGCUGUUGUCAUCUUCCACGGACGCGUUUACCUCUCCAGCAGGAAUCACAGUCGAAAACGGAGACGUCAAGGGAAACAUGAACCACAGCCAGCCUCCCAGGCUUCCAUUCCUAAAAAUAAGCGCCGGUCUCCCCAGGCUUCUCUUGAACAGGCUAAUAAAGAACUACAGGGAAAUACAUCCUGUUUCAUUCGGCCACAAAAAUCUCCAAAACAGCAGGAGGAUGUUCUCACAAAUACAGAUAAUCAUCCCACCACAGACCAGGAGCUGCUCCACGAAGAGAAGAAGAAAAGCACCACAUGUAAAGUAACACAGAGUAAAAACAAGAAGAACAGUGAUGUAUCUUCAUCCAAAACUGCACAUUCAGUCCUUCAGUCCUCUGCCGUUGUGCACAAAGUGGACAAUCCUUCUCAUGGGGACACUGCAGCAGACCCAGGGCCGUCCUGGCUUCAGCCUGAGUGUGAGACACAGGACCUGGGCAAUGAAGAAUCCCACUGUUUACAAUUGGACAGCAACGCUAACAACAUGGCUGCUACUGAAGAGCAAAGUAGGGAGUUUGAUCUGUUGGCUAAAGAGGAAGAGAUCUCUCUGUUGCAGGCUAAACUCAGACGGCUCUCAAAAACCAGCCCUCCCCUUUCUGAGUGAUGAAUGAACGGUAUUUACUCUCAACAGUAAAUGUGCAUUAGUAACAGGGAAAUCAAUAAUAUGAUUAAACCAGGAUUCUAGUGUGCAUGUAAACAUACUUGAUGGCAAGAUGUUUUGAAAGAGGUUUUUGGGGAUCUUUUGCUUCUUAAGGCCAAUGUGUAUAACUAUUUUGAUUUGAUUUGAUCCAUUAUAUGACUGUCUUUUAGACAAACCCACUAUUUUGUACUGGGACGCAUCUUUUUCUCAACCCCAUUUUUAUUUUCACUAUUCAUGGACCUUUUUUUUCCAAAAGCCUGGAUAUAGUUUAUCAUCUGGUGAGCGAUCUGGUGUAUCUCAACCAAGAGACUCCAUGUCCUUAGAAACCUUAUAUAAAUGUCUAUAAAAAAAGUCAUAUUGUAUUGAACCUGUUGUUGAGUUGGCUUAAAUCAAUCUCUUACAUUUGGCUCAUGUUCCUCUGAUGGAAUGUUAUUUAAUUUGAAAUGUGUUUGACUUUUGAAGUUGUGUGAGUGACUGAAAUGAAAACUAAUGCAAAAUGUUUCUGUUUAUUUUUUAAAGCUGCGUUUAUAGAGCUGUGUACUUUAUUUAGAGAAGCAUUCUGCAGAUUCUCUCCCAGAUGAUCUCGCAAAUACAUUUGACUGUCUCUGGUGCCUUUAAAUGAGAUUGCAUCUUUUUAUAAAACAGUUUCAGUUUUAUUUUUGCGUAAUAACUGUAAUCGUAAACUCACAUGACUUUAUUAUUUGAUCAGUCUUGGUUGACAUAAUGAGCUCACCACAGACUGCAUUUGGUAGCUGUUUUGGAGCUUUACAUUGCAUUUGAAGAACUUCUCGCCCAUGAUGGCGGAUCUCCAGUUUGCAACAAUAUGAAAUAUGUUGUAUUUCUGCCAUAACUGCAUCAAUACUGUUUUUAUGACACAGUAACAAAGUAUAACACGGAAAAUGUGAUUCAAAAAAUAAAUAGUCACAAUAACAUCCCUAAUAUGGGCUUAA